AUGUCCACCUCUCUUCUAGAACUCAGAAUAACGGAUGUCUUUCACCUGGCGGACUGUGAGGCGCGCUUUGGAAUCCGUGGGUGCGUACUGACCGACGACCGGCGCAUGUACCCUGGGGCUGACGCCAUCAUCAUGCACCACCGUGAGAUAACGACCAACGCCACGGCGCUCCCGUCAGACCCACGACCCCGUGGCCAGAARUGGAUCUGGAUGAAUUUUGAGUCCCCGUCUMACACUCGUGGCCUGCGGCGGUUYGAGGGCKUGUUCAAYCUCACCAUGACCUACCGUGCAGAUUCAGACAUAUUCCUUCCUUACGGCUACCUGGUGCCCCGCCUUCGACCUCACGCCAACGCCCCCACACACACACGCCCCAGACGGCCCCACCUACUGGCCUGGGUCAUCAGUAACUGGUCGGAGUCGCAGGCCCGCGUGGCGUAUUACCGUCGGCUGGUUAACUACGUUGCGGUGGAUGUGUUUGGGCGUGCAGGUGUGCCACUGCCAGAGGACAGCACUGUGGUGCGCACGAUGAGGCGCUUCCUGUUUUAUCUGGCGUUGGAGAACUCYCAGCACACCGACUACAUCACCGAGAAGCUCUGGAACUCCUUACUGGCYGGGGCCGUUCCUGUAGUUCUCGGGCCGCCGCGGGAAAACUACGAACGCUUCCUCCCCCCUGAGGCCUUUAUCCAUGUGGACGACUUCCCCUCUCCCCGCCUGCUCGCCCAAUACCUGUUGCUGCUACGCCGGAGCCCCGCCCUCCUGCAGAGACACCUGGCCUGGAGGAGGAGCUACAGCGUACACCUGACCGCCUUCUGGGCGGAGCAUUACUGCAYAGCGUGUCGCGCCGUGCGGAACCACAGACUCCGGACUGACACCAUCACCAACCUUCAGCGCUGGUUUGAGUCCUGACCUAUGACUGCUUUCUGACCUUCUGAUAUGUGAACAUGAUUGGUCAGAUAUCUAGCCCACAGCCCAGUCUGUAGCAGCGACUCCGUAGGAACUGUCUUUAACAACAUCUAGCAAAACGUGGUUCACGGGAAUUCACUUUUUGUAACGUCAUUGAACUGUGAUUCACUUGGUCUGUUAGUUAUUUGUAUUAGUCAGGGUUCAGUCGUGUGUGUGUGUGUGUGUGUGUG